UUUCCCACACAACUUCUCCAACAGCGGACUGCAGUCUGCAGUGCUCUGUGCCUCUGUCGUUCCAUAGAGGUAUCCCAGCAGCAGAUGCUUUGCGCUGUAGGUGAAUGCAGCAUUGCAAGCUGUCUGAUCUAUCUAUAUUCCUUCCUAUAUUCUUGCAAUCUUUCUUCCCUACUAAGCUUCCCAGCUGUCCCUAAAAUGGUUCGCACAUGGCCGCUGGAAAACUCUGAUGAAAAUCUUUUCCCAUCUGUCGAAAUUUGUUUGGGCAUUGCACUGUACAAAGCCUCGUCACCAGCAUCAACUCUUCAUGCAGAGCUUAUAACUGCUCGAUACAUUGCUGUACACUCCGCCAACUAACAAAUA